GUUGCCUUGGAGACCGAGGCGAUGGCAACCAGGAGAAGCCAAACUUGGUCCCCUGUCUCCUGCGCGCGGUGCUCAUGGCGCUCUACGAUCUCUUCUCUCACCCGGUCGAGCGCAGCUACCGCGCGGGGCUCUGCUCCAAAGCCGCGCUGUUCCUGCUGGUGGCCGCUGCGCUCACGUACAUCCCGCCGCUGCUGGUGGCCUUUCGGAGCCACGGUGAGCCUGCCCCAGCCGCUGUGUCCCGCGACUCCUCGGGCGCGCUCGGCCGGGUCUGACCUCCCUGACGGCCUCCCCACCGCCCUCUUUAAUUCAGGGUUUUGGCUGAAGAGAAGCAGCUACGAGGAGCAGCCGACCGUGCGCUUCCAACACCAGGUGCUGCUCGUGGCCCUGCUGGGACCCGAGAGCGGCGGGUUCCUCGCUUGGAGCACGUUCCCUGCUUUCAAUCGGUUGCAGGGGGAUCGCCUGCGCGUCCCGCUCGUUUCGACUAGAGAAGAAGACAGGAACCAGGAUGGGAAGAUGGACAUGCUACAUUUUAAGCUGGAGCUUCCCCUGCAGUCCACGGAGCACGUUCUCGGUGUGCAACUCAUCCUGACUUUCUCCUAUCAAUUACACAGGAUGGUGACCCUCGUGAUGCAGAGCAUGGCGUUUCUCCAGUCCUCCUUUCCUGUCCCGGGAUCCCAAUUAUAUGUGAACGGAGACCUGAGGCUGCAGCAGAAGCAGCCACUGAGCUGUGGUGGCCUAGAUGCCCGAUACAACGUAUCCGUGAUCAAUGGGACCAGCCCCUUUGCCUAUGACUACGACCUCACCCAUGUUGUUGCUGCCUACCAGGAGAGGAACGUUAGCACCAUCCUGAAUGAUCCCAACCCCAUCUGGCUGGUGGGCAGAGCCGCAGAUGCUCCAUUUGUGAUUAAUGCUAUCAUCCGAUACCCUGUGGAAGUUAUUUCUUAUCAGCCAGGAUUCUGGGAGAUGGUAAAGUUCGCCUGGGUGCAGUAUGUCAGCAUCCUGCUUAUCUUCCUCUGGGUGUUUGAAAGAAUCAAGAUCUUCGUGUUUCAGAAUCAGGUGGUGACCACCAUCCCUGUGACAGCGACGCCCCGGGGAGAAAUGUGUAAGGAGCACUUAUCCUAGGGAAGGCCUUUUCUGAAGACUUGGCAGAACCGUGGCUGGCUCAUUGUCAUCUCCUGGGAACAUCUUAGGACCUUUUGAAAGAGCCCAGCGGACACAUGCGGGCCUGUGUGCUUUUCCCCUCAGAGACAACAGUUCUUUCCAGUUUUGCUCUACACAAGUUCCAUAUCUUCAGAGCUCCUGCAGAAUCACCAAGGACUAGUUUGUGGAAAGGUCUGAGGUUUCCCUGAGGCUAUAAUUAGCUUUUUUGGGUUAUCUUCCUUGCCUUAGGGUUGAAUUUCAGGAGACAAUUGCAGUCAGUUCAGACAUCUUGGAAAGAGUCCCAUCUCUGGUCAAGCAGAGACUUUUCCUCUGCUGAACUGAGAAACACGCUGUGCAUUUCUUCCUUCUACUGUGAGCCACUCUUACUCUUUCCAGGGCUCUCUUGUGACAAACAUGCCAAUCAUAGCACUUUGCACCCCUGGGCAUCUCCAUUUCCCAUUCAGAGCUUUGAUUUCCAGAGCUGAGGCCUUUAACUGGAGACCUGGAGGGGCAGGGCCCAAGGGCAAGGGCCGCAUUCGCACAGGCAUGAGGGAGGGCUGCUGAAGGCGACUUGGACACUUGGAAGGACACUUGGACUGUCCACCUGCUCCUGCCCAACAGUCAGUCAUCUGUAAUCAGCUCAGCUGAGCAGCCCUGGAUCCCUGCCCGACUGUGGCUGGCUCUUUGCCCUAUUUUGCCCUCUGUCUGUGCCCCUGAUGGCAGACUGAAGUCAGAGGGGCUGUUUCAUUCCCAGCCCCCUCAGCAGCACUGAGGGAAGAAAGGAUUGUCACAACAGGUUCUUUCUGGCCCUCACCCAACAGCCUGGGCACUGGGCCCUCCUCCUCCUUGACAGCCCUCCCCCUUCCUGCAAAGGACAGGGGCAACAGGAAUUGGUGUUGGGAUUGGCUCCCACGGCCUGACAACCACAAGUUUAUUUGGAGGGCUAGUGGGAAGCCCAGUGGCUGGCCUUUCCCUUGACUAAGGAACACAGUGCCCAUCAGAGGAGGGCAGGCAGCUUUGGGAGGGACACAAGAAGCAGUGAGGGAGUAAAGAGGAUGCUGGCCUGGGCAGGCCAGUCCAGCCUGGCCACUAGCAGAAUGCCAAGCAGUUCAGUGGAUUACCCUCGUGGCUAAGCAAGUGUCUGCAAGAGCAGAGAUGGCUGGAAGGGGACUCUGCACAGGGAAAAUGGCUUGUUCAGCCCAUUCAUCUCCUGAGGACGCGUGCAGUCUCCUCCAAGGACAGACGGAGCUGCUUUCUGAUCCCAAGCAGGUCAUUACCACUGGGAGGACAUGGCCCCUGUGAUCCAUGUUUCAUGUUCACCCAGAAACACACCCCUCAGUGUGUGUCUCAGUUUACCUCGGAGAUCAUUUUUCAUCUCCAGCACCCAUUUCCUUUAGGCUGACUAAACACAAUUUUGGAAACAAAGCUAUUUUGAAGUAUUCAAGCAGAGGAAUUCCCUAACACUGUCCCCUUUGUCUUUUUUUAAUAUUCAGGCUGUUUUAUAUGCCUAAAUUUUUUUCUUAAGAUCUAAAUGAAAAAUAGUUUCUUGUUUAAAUCCCCAUAAGGCAGUGAGAUAUGGAAGGAUGACAAGAUAAUGUAUAAACAUUGGUUUGCAUUUUAUUAAAUUAUUCUAAUGCAAAUCUUGUAUAAAGAACCCAUGAUGUUUUGUACCUUUCUAAUUAAAAUGUUCAAAAUGAGGCCGAGCAUGACGGUUCAUCCCUGUAAUCUCAAUGCUUUGAGAAGCCAAGGCGGGAGGAUCACUUGAGCCCAGGAGCUUGAGGCUGCGGUAUGCUGUGAUCACACCACUGCACUCCAGCCUGGGUGAGAGACUGAGACCCUGUCUCUUAAAAAAAAAAAAAAAAAAGUCAAAAUGGAA